AUGUCGACUACAUCUCGAGUAAAGGCACAACCCUACUUUGUGACUGAGGAUAAGCUGAAGUACCUGCCGCCCUACCUUCAGGGAGUAUGCGAAACUCCCAAUGAGGUAGAAUGUAAAACCUCAGGAGUUUGGCCUGACUGGGUCAAUGGCUCUUUCAUUCGCAUGGGAGUUGGUCGUUAUGUCAUUCCUCUGUCUGAGGACGGCUCAAAGCCCAAUGCAGUAUCGCAACACUGGUUCGAUGGCUUAGCUAUGCUCCACAAGUUUCGUAUGGAAGACGGCCGCGUUUACUACAACAGUCGAUACACCGCCGAGGGGGUAGUCAGGAAGGCCAAGAAGAAUGGCUUUUUGCAAACUUUGACGGCGGGGUUAAAUGCAAACACACCGCUCAAGGACGCUCAAGAUCCUUGCUCAGCACUUCUUGGUGCUCAACAAUCCGUCUGGAUCCCCACGGGCCACGUUGGCCCUGACGAGUUCAACGUCAACAUUCUACCUCGCAGAAGUUUCCAUAUUCCUACAAACGGAAAUCCAUACGACAAAGGCACACCAUCGCAGAGGCCGGAGAAAGAAGAGAUUCUCGUCUCCACCGACUUCAACAUGCUCCAAGUCGUUGAUGGAAAAACGCUAGAGCCCAAGCGAAUGCUCACCUAUGCCGCUAUUGAUCCCGAGCUCGAAUGA